AUGUACACGUCACCGGCUUCACGCUCACCCUCUGCUGGCCUUACCUGCUGCUCUGUCCCCCUCGUUCCCCCCUCUCCUUCCCCUUGUUUCCCCCUCUGCUCCCCCUCGUUCCCCCCUCUCCUUCCCCUUGUUUCCCCCUCUGCUCCCCCUCGUUCCUCCCUCUCCUUCCCCUUGUUUCCCCCUCUGCUCCCCCUCGUUCUGCCCUCUCCUUCCCCCCUCUGCUCCCCCUCGUUCCCCCCUCUCCUUCCCCUUAUUUCUCCCUCUGCUUCCCCUUGUUUCCCCCUCUCCUUCCCAUCAUUUUCCCUUCUGAUCCCCCCUGUUCCCCCAACUCCUACCCCUUGUUUCCCCCUCGGCUCCCCCUCGUUCCCCCCUCUCCAUCCCAUCAUUUCCCCCUCUGCUUCCCCUCGUUCCCCCUCUCCAUCCCCUGAUUUCCCUCCCCUUUCCCCCACUGCUCCCUCUCAUCACCUCCCCUGCUCCCUCUUAUUACCUCCCCUGCUCCCUCUCAUCACCCCCCCUGCUCCCUCUCAUUACCUCCCCUGCUCCCUCUCAUCACCUCCCCUGCUCCCUCUCAUCACCUCCCCUGCUCCCUCUCAUUACCUCCCCUGCUCCCUCUCAUCACCUCCCCUGCUCCCUCUCAUUACCUCCCCUGCUCCCUCUCAUCACCUCCCCUGCUCCCUCUCAUCACCUCCCCUGCUCCCUCUCAUCACCUCCCCUGCUCCCUCUCAUUACCUCCCCUGCUCCCUCUCAUUACCUCCCCUGCUCCCUCUCAUCACCUCCCUUGCUCCCUCUCAUCACCUCCCCUGCUCCCUCUCAUCACCUCCCCUGCUCCCUCUCAUUACCUCCCCUGCUCCCUCUCAUUACCUCCCCUGCUCCCUCUCAUCACCUCCCCUGCUCCCUCUCAUCGCCUCCCCUGCUCCCUCUCAUCACCUCCCCUGCUCCCUCUCAUCACCUCCCCUGCUCCCUCUCAUCACCUCCCCUGCUCCCUCUCAUCACCUCCCCUGCUCCCUCUCAUCACCUCCCCUGCUCCCUCUCAUUGCCUCUCUUCUCAUCUUUUCGCCCUCUGCUUCCCCUCGUUUCUCCCUCUCUUUCCCUUCAUUAGCGUCCCUGCUUCUCCUUUGCCUGCUUUCUCUUCAAUUGCGUCUUGCCCACAGUUCUCCCCUAACCCUCCUUACCCCGUUGUUUCCUAUGUUAUCACCCUCCUUUCUCUGA